AUGCUUCAUCUUGAUAUCUUGUGUUAUGCGUCUUGGUUACUUGACUCUGAGUCCAUGUUUAGAGGCAAACCAAAAAACCAAAAUGGUUGUUUGAUUAGAAAACUAGGAACUGAAGAUUGUGCAACCGGAGUUAUCAUCUCUGUUGUUCUGAAAACAGACUUCUCAGGGAAUGCAGGAGCAUCUGAUGAGACAUCCGAAGAAAGUCCAACAAGGAUCAAUCUCUUUGAGAGCCACCUGAGAGACAUCCACAGAGUUGAGGAGACUUUCUUCGCCGAGCAUAAACAACGAGUAUCUCGGGAAGGGAAGAGCAGUCAGCUGGUGAUGAUGAUGAGAAAGACAACGGGAACGUUGUAA